AGCGUCUCCUGGCAAACACUCGGCUUCCCUCACCCGGCCGCUCCGCAUCUCUCCUUCUCGGUGCUAGAACUCCAGCUGCCCGGCAGCUCCUUUUCUCGCCGCUGCCUCCUGCCCUGCGGAGAAGCGAGAGGACUAGACAACCGAGCGGGAAGGCCGGCCUUCGACAGGCGCGAGGAAAGCCCGGCGCGGCGCUGCACCGGCAAAGCGCCUCCCUCCCAGUGCGGCGCGCGGGGGCGAAGCCCGGCGCGGGCGCAGCGGUCAAGUUCGGAUUGCCCCCUUCGGCUGGCCCGCACAGAGCGGCACACAUUCCUGCCGAUUUUUGAUCCACCCGGAGGAGAAGGCGCAAGCCCCGCGGCGUCUCCACGCUCUCAGCGCUCUCCCUGCAGCCCAGGGAGGGGCGCCUCGCGUAGCCCACUCGCACCCCGGACCCCCGCCUCGGGAACUCCAGCGCCUCCUUGCUGCUCGCCUCUCCUCCCCCACAGCCCGGCCCAGCCAACGCCUCCCGACCCCUCCCUCCCGGGGGCCCUGCGCCUCCCCUCCCCCACCCCGGCUCCCGGCCCCCCAGCCCCCGCUCUAGAAGACCAGCCUGCGCUCCUGGCGCCCUCAUGUCUUCACGGGACUCCCCGCGCCGGUUGACGUGGUGUCUCAUUCGGAUCUCCAGGCAAGACCUCAGCUCCCGCGGCAGCAUCAGACAAGCCCGUCUUGUGCUCCCAGGCAGUGCGCCCAGAGGAGGCGCAGAGCGCCGCAGCUGCAGCUGAGCAGCCCGCAGCGCCCCGGGCCCGCGCAGCCCCAGCCAAGAGCGCGGCGCGCGCAGCCCUGUCACCUCCCCCCCACCCAAAGCAGCGGCGGCUGCUCGGACCUCGGCUUCUGGGGGUGCGGGGGGCAGGCGAGAGAGUUGUCGGCAGCCCUCGCGCUGUUCGCGGCGGCCGCGGCUGGAGUCUUGGCUGCCGCCUCCAGGGCGCUCUUGCUGCCCCGCGCGACCCCAGGAUUGCGAACUCUUGCCCCUGACCUGUUGGGCGGGGCUCCGCGCUCCAGCCAUCAGCCCGGAUGGGUCUCCUGGCUGGGACUUGGGGCACCUGGAGUUAAUGUCCAACCUGGGGUCUGCGGAGACCCGAUCCGAGGUGCCGCCGCCGGACGGGACUUUAAGAUGAAGUUAUGGGAUGUCGUGGCUGUCUGCCUGGUGCUGCUCCACACCGCGUCCGCCUUCCCGCUGCCCGCCGGUAAGAGGCCUCCCGAGGCGCCCGCCGAAGACCGCUCCCUCGGCCGCCGCCGCGCGCCCUUCGCGCUGAGCAGUGACUCAAAUAUGCCAGAGGAUUAUCCUGAUCAGUUUGAUGAUGUCAUGGAUUUUAUUCAAGCCACCAUUAAAAGACUGAAAAGGUCACCAGAUAAACAAAUGGCAGUGCUUCCUAGAAGAGAGCGGAAUCGGCAGGCUGCAGCUGCCAACCCAGAGAAUUCCAAAGGAAAAGGUCGGAGAGGCCAGAGGGGCAAAAACCGGGGUUGUGUCUUAACUGCAAUACAUUUAAAUGUCACUGACUUGGGUUUGGGCUACGAAACCAAGGAGGAACUGAUUUUUAGGUACUGCAGCGGCUCUUGCGAUGCAGCUGAGACAACAUAUGACAAAAUAUUAAAAAACUUAUCCAGAAAUAGAAGGCUGGUGAGUGACAAAGUAGGGCAGGCAUGUUGCAGACCCACCGCCUUUGAUGAUGACCUGUCGUUUUUAGAUGAUAACCUGGUUUACCAUAUUCUAAGAAAGCAUUCCGCUAAAAGGUGUGGAUGUAUCUGACUCCGGCUCCAGAGACUGCUGUGUAUUGCAUUCCUGCUACAGUGCAAAGAAAGGGACCAAGGUUCCCAGGAAAUGUUUGCCCAGAAUGGAAGAUGAGGACCAAGGAAGCGGAGGAGGAGGAGGAAGAAGAAGAGGAGGAGGAGGAAGGCAGCCAUCAUGGGAGCCUGGUAGAGGGAGAUCGAGCUACAGACAACUGGACAGGAGAGAGAGAAAACAGCCCUCUGGAUUCUCCAGGAUGGCAGCCGAUGUCACUAGAAGCUCAGGGCUGAUGUUCCUGGUUGGCUGUUGCCACCGUUUCAGCUGAUACGGUCCACUGUCACUGAUCACCGGCGCGGCUGCGGAUGCACUUGAACCAAACCAGUGUAUCUCCUGUGAUUUGUUUUCAUGUGUCUGAAGACACCAGGGAAACAGGGAUCCUGGUGUUGUUCCUUGUCAUUACGUUUUACUGCUGAAAGUAAGAGGUUUAUUUUUCUGUCACUCAGUGGAGACAUACCCUGGAAAGGAGAGGGAAAAAAAAAAAAAGCAAAGAUACAAGAGAUAAUCACCUUUGCAUUUGAAAGUCGAGGCCCGAGGUUUACUACAACCAGCAUUUUUGCCAACAGUUGGUGAUGGAUUUCCAUCAUCGUGUGUGGGGUGGGAAGAAGUUGGCUAGGAACCAAAAAGGCUGUGCUCAUGAUUAAACACAAACCUGAAGGUAUUUCCUUUAUGUCCUUGGAAACAGGAAACGAGUUAUGGUUUUCGCCAGCAUUCUUGUAGGAGAGAAUUGGGGAAGGCCCCCAACUGCCCCCGGGCAGGGAGAGCACCUCGGGCCUGUUGGUUUACAGAGAGACAGAUGUUACAUACCCAGCUCCAUUGAUGCGUGGUCACCAGUGACUAGAGAAGCUACUCGAUGCAAUGCAUCUGUUUCAGAUACAGAAAUAUAGAGAAGAUAUUUAUUGAGAUUUAAGUUAUUGUUAUUUAUUACCUUUCACUAAUGAGUUUCUCUUUUUUCCCUUAUUUAUUAAAGUUUCUUUUCAAAGGUGCCAAAGUAUAUGUGCUCGCAAAAUGUAAAGAAAGGUGACAAAAGGAAAUUCGAAUUGGGAACAAGGGUCCAUGCUUUUCAAAGUAUUAAAAAGUUUUUUGCUAGGCAAAAAUCACUUACUUUACCUGUUUAAGAAAAUGUCUCAUUAAUUUUCCCCAGAUUUCAGCAUUUUCCCCAAUUUUUAUUUGUGGAGCGUCUCAGGCAAGCCCCCUUUCCUGGAGCAGCGUGCAGAGACCACCGGCGCUUGAUUUUAUUUCUUCCUUGCUCCAUCGCUGAACAGAAAUGUUGUGGGCUCCACUUCCUGUUGUAUUUAAGCUCUUAGUCCCCUCCAUGUAUACCUAGCUAUACUAUGCAUAACCAUAUAUAGAAAAGGUUCAGUUCCUUUUAACAGGUAGUCCUGGAUUUAAUGUUGACCUAAAAGUAAUGUCAACAAUGCUGUCAGGUAGCUACCAUUUUACAGACUCCCUCCAUCCCUGCUCACCCACAGCCCUCCCGAGAAUAUGCCGGCUGCCCAGUGCAGCAUGGGAGACACAGGGGCCUUCCAGAGGUAGGGUCUACCAGGUCCUGUACAACUCCUGGGCUGUCACCGGGGGGUCAACAGCUGCUGCUGCUAUAUACCCAAACACCUGACAGUUCCCUGGGGAGCAGAUGGCUGAGAAGGGUGCUGAGGAAGCCACAUCUGGGCCAGCCACAGCCACACACAGAGCCUCAUACUUAAGAGUGUGCUGCCUUUAAAUGAAGGCGAUCAGGGCCAGUGCAGCGGCUCACACCCAUAAUCCCAACACUUUGGAAAGCCAAGGUGGGAGGAUGUCUUGAACCCAGGAGUUUGAGACCAGCUUGGGCAACAUAGGGAGACCCUGUCUCUAUGGAAACUUUAAAAAUUAGCCAGGCGUGAUGGUGCACGCCUGUGGUCCCAGCUACUCGGGGCUGAGGAAGGAGGAUCACUUGAGUCCAGUAGGUCGAGGCUGCAGUGAGUUGUGAUCAUGCCACUGCACUCCAGCCUAAGUGACAGUGCAGUACCCGGUCUCAAAAAAAAAAAAAAAAAAAACAGAAAGAGGUUGGAAUGGGAGGAAGCAUCGGGUGGGAACAGCCACCCCCUCCAUGCCCUAGAUUGUGAAUUUGUCAGGCAGCCAACACACGUAUGACACACUAGGCCUUAUAUUAGAGCUUGUUGCACAUUUCAUAAAAGGGAUUUUCAUCAAGGAGAUAAUCUGUUACUACCUUAAUGGCUAUUAGUCAUAAAACUAUGACAGAUUUAGCAAUUAAAUGAAAUACUGGCCUCCAUCAAAUAAUCAUGUCAGUUUUACAAAGUAACAAGAAGCAGCAGUUACCAGAUAUCCCAUCCCCUUCCCUGAAAAUACCCAAAUUCUUCACAGUUCUGCCCUUCUCUGUCUUUUCUGCUCCCCUUGCCUGCCUGGGAAAUGGAGGAAAGGCCUUCUCUCUCACCUUCUCUUGGGAUCUUGCUGAGAAUUCAGACUGCUCAAAACAGUGACAAACUCCAGCCAUCCAGUCAUUCAUGGAGUGCAAUUUGGAUGUGGCCCCAGGGGCAUCUGUCCCAUUCAGAGAACCCUGGCAGGUGCGAUGGCCACUGUUCCCAGGCUUCAACCUCAGUGACUGCCCCACACCCACACCAGCUCCCCAUGGAGAGUCCCUGCCCAAAAAAAGCUGUAGUAUCCAAUGGGUGUUGACAGCUCAUUCCUGGCAUCACCUACACACCACAAGCAGGUUUUAAUGGAAGCAAAUUGCUCUACCAAAUCCACAAAAGGGUAAAGUUUGUGAUUUUUCUUUAUCAUUGCGAUCGCCAUCUGAUACAGUAAGGAGCGCACUUGUUUGAAAGUUCUGACUUCUCUGAUCUGUCUCGGUCGUUUGUGUUAUACAACCAAAGUUCUCUACAGACUUUAUUUUUGUACAAUAUCAUUUUGUAACUUUUUACAAAUAAAAACUCAUUUCUAUCGCU